AUGGCAGGACCACCACCACCACCACCACCGCCACCACCUGUUUUAGGAGGCGGAGCAGCUCCAAAACCAGCUGCUUCUGUUAUGCAAGGCCGCAAUGCAUUACUAAGUGAUAUUCGUAAGGGGAAAUCUUUAAAAAAAUCACCAAUGAACGAUAGAAGUGCCCCUCAAGUUGGUGGCGGUGUAGUUAAUAACAAUAAAGGAUCUUCAAAUGUUGGUAGUGCACCACCACUUCCAGGAGGGGCACCACCACUUCCAGGAGGGGCACCACCAAUUCCAGGAGGGGCACCACCAAUUCCAGAAGGAGGAUUGGCAGAGUUGGCAGGGAUUUUAAGUAAUGGAAUGCACCCAAAAUUACAUCAUAUAUCAUCACCGUCAUCUAAUGAUAGUUCCAGUAAUGUAGGAACAGCACCUAGUAUCCCAAGUUUACACCAUGUGGGCAAUAAGAGUACUGAAGUUAACGUUUCCAAUAUUGACAUACAUUCAUCUCCUAGUUUUACUGCACCCAAAAUUCCUACUGGUGCUCCACCAAUCCCGAGUAUGGGCGCUCCACCAGUACCCAGGAUACCAAAUAAUAGACCAACAAAGCCAAACAAUAGACCAACAAUUUCAAAUAAACAACCUUCCACACCAAAUACUAGACCUACAAUGCCAAGUAAUAGACCUAAUAAAUCCAAUCGCAAAUCUACCAUCAAUUAUAAUAAUAACAGAGCGUCGGAAGCAUCCGUUAUACCACCAACAGCAGCAUCUGCACCUGCUGUUCCUAAAAUGUCAGCACCUGCUGUUCCUAAAAUGUCGGCACCUGCUGUUCCUAAGAUGUCAGCGCCGGCUGUUCCCUCCGCUCCACCACCCCCUCCUUUAUCAACAGCUCCUGCUACAUCUGCUCCACCACCGCCACCAGCCCCACCAAUGUUGAAUAUGAAUACCUCUAGCAACAAUUCAAAAAAAUCCAACGUUCCAGUAUCUGGCGGCCCAUUACCAUUUUUGGCCGAGAUUCAAAAUAAAAGAGAUGAUAGAUACGUUGUUGAGGAUGGCUCGAAUUAUAAUACACAGGUAAAUGAAAGUGACAAUGCAUUAACGUUAAAGGCAUCCUCAGCACCUGCAAUGCCACCACCAGCACCCGCAGUACCACCAUCAGGAGGACCAAUGUCAUUUAUGGAUGAAAUAGCCUCUAAAGUUUCACAUAACCAUACUAAAGUUGCUGCGCCAGCGAUUCCCAUUUCUUCGGCGCCACCUGUCCCAUCUUUACCAUCGGCACCCCCACCACCUAUGCCUGUUGAAUUUACAUCUUCUUUGCCCCCUCCAUCUCCAUCUAUAACACAGUCUCCACAGGUGAUGGCUGCUGCGGAAUCUUCAGAAACAGCCUCAUAUAGCGCUGACGAUAAUACCGUACAACAAGAAGAUGUAUAUUCUUAUGAAGAUAAUAAUGCUGGUAAUGACAAUGAGACCAAUAAUUAUGCUGAUAAUAGUAACAAUUUUGAGUCGGAAUCUGAUGAAUAUGUUAAUAACAGUAAUACUAAUAGUAAUAAUAGUAGCACAACCUUUUCUCCCUUCAAUUCUGCGACUAAUAUAGCCUCUUCUAUAGGAUCCUUUAAACAAAGAUUAUUUUCGCAUAAAUCUACCACAAGCAGUAGUACAAAUACAGAUGCUGAAGGAUUUCGUAACGAUGACAAUAACAAUAACAAUAACAAUAUUAUGCCUGAAAAUAGUAAACGUGGAAAUGGUUCUAAAAUCAUUAUAGAUGAUUCAAGAUUUAAAUGGGCAAAUAAGAAUGAUUUGCCUGCUCCAAGAAAAUUUUCUGGCAGGACAAAGUUGUAUCCAAGCGGUAGGGGUAGUAGUGUUCCACUGGAUUUAAGUUUGUAUAAUUAA